UUUAUCUAAUUUUUCAUCUCUUUGCCUUCAAUUAACAUUGGAGAAAGUCAGACAUGGAAACAUUCGUGGGGAGUUGGAGAAAGUCAUUCAUGGAAGUAAUUCAUCAUCAUCACCAUCUCUUUUUGUAUGUGCUGCUUUUUGUAGUCUAUUUUUUCUCUUGCACUGAAAGUCUUAGUCGGAGAGAUUUUCCAGCUGGUUUCAUAUUUGGAGGGGCCUCAAGUGCUUACCAGUAUGAAGGGGCUGCAUUUCAACAUGGAAAAGGACCUAGCAUAUGGGACACUUUCACUAGAGAACAUCCAGAAAAAAUUGCAGACCAUACCACCGGAGAUAUAGCUGAUGAUUUUUACUAUCAUUUUAAGGGGGACAUAGCUUUGAUGAAAGAAAUUGGUUUAGACUUCUUUAGGUUCUCUAUCUCAUGGGCCAGAAUACUACCUAAGGGAAAAAUCAGUGGGGGAGUGAACCAAAAAGGAAUCACAUUCUACAAUAACCUCAUAAAUGAGCUAUUGUCUCAAGGUUUAAAACCUUUUAUAACUCUAUUCCAUUGGGAUGUUCCACAAGCCCUUGAAGAGGAGUAUGGUGGAUUCUUGAGCCAAAACAUAGUGGAUGAUUAUCGGAACUACGUGGAUGUUUGUUUCAAAAAAUUUGGUGAUAGAGUAAAGUAUUGGGUCACAAUUAAAGAGCCAAAUACAUUUUCCAUUGGGGGCUACGUAACAGGAAUUGAAGCACCUGGUCGAUGUUCUAACUAUAUCGGAAAUUGCACAUAUGGGAACUCUGGGAUAGAACCCUAUAUAGUGGGACAUAAUUUACUACUUUCUCAUGCAACUGCUGUGAAAUUAUACAAGGAAAAGUAUCAGGAAUCUCAAAUGGGAGAAAUUGGCAUUUCAGUACAAAGUUUUUGGAAUUUGCCUAAAUACCAAACAGUUGCUAGCAUCAAGGCUGCCUUUAGAGGUCUUGAUUUUAGGUUUGGAUGGUUUGUUGAUCCAAUUAUUUUUGGUGACUAUCCUGAGAUCAUGCGAGUUUUGGUGGGAACUCGACUACCUAUAUUUACUGAAUCGCAAUCCAAGAUGUUAAAAGGUUCUCUGGAUUUCCUUGGAGUAAAUUACUAUACUGCAAGAUAUGCUGAUGACUCUACAUCUUCUAGUAGCGUCAACCUAAGUUACACAACAGAUAGCAACGUAAAUUUGACUAUCACUCUAUUCAAUGCUACAGCAGAGAAGGAUGGCAUUCCUAUUGGUCAACCAACCGCUGCUGAUUGGUUGUUCGUUUAUCCAAGAGGAAUUCGAGAACUUAUGCUAUACGUAAAGAAAAAAUAUAAUAAUCCACCUAUUUACAUUACCGAAAAUGGAGUUGAUGAUAAUGACUCAUUGUCAAUUCAAAAGGCUCUCAACGAUAGCUUGAGGAUAAAAUACUACCAUUGUCAUCUAUCAAAUCUCUUGAAGGCUAUAAGGGCUGGGGUUGAUGUGAGAGGAUACUUUGCGUGGUCAUUUCUUGAUAACUUUGAAUGGGAAUCUGGUUAUACUCUUCGAUUUGGCAUCACUUAUGUAGAUUACAAAAAUGGGUUGACAAGAUACCUGAAAAGCUCUGCUUUCUGGUUUAAAAAUUUUCUCCAAAAGGAAAAUGUCAUCCGAAGCAAACCUUUGUUGUACCAAGAUAGUAGUUGAAUUUAUAGCAACUGAUUUGUUAAUCAUAUUAUUCCCAUUACAACUUGCAUGUAAAAGAAGUUUUGGUCUUAAAAUUAACAUUGCUCAUUUUGUAUCAUUAAAGGGCGAUCAAGUUUCAAA